AUGGCCUCUUUCAAGCUAUUCUUCGUUGCUCUCUUCCUUGCUGUGUCAUUCUCCAACAUGGGAAUGGGGCUGGCGGCGAGGCAGCUCCUCCAAAUGCCAGCUCUCCCAAAUCUGCCCACGCUGCCUCCUCUGCCCAGCGCCACCGUCCCAUCUCUGCCUCAGCCGACGACGACUCUGCCACAGCCUGCCUUUCCUUCCGGUGGAUUGCCUCCACUUCCCAGCGCCGGAUAG